CCCAUCAACCGUUAAAAACGAAGGAAAGCUAGCUGGGAACUGGAAAGGAUCAUAAUGUAUGCUAGCCACAAUUUUAACUGCUCUUUUCUCCUCCUCCUCCUUCCACUAUCAUUCGGCACCAAACAAACCAAACCACAAAAGAAGUAAACGAAAUCAAGUCAGGUUAUCUUUUUCCAUGAUUUGUUGCAGCAGCAGCAGCAGCAGUAUAGCAAUCCUCAGUACUGCUUCAAGAAUUGAUGGUACUGUUUCAAGAACCCGAACUCGUAACUCAUUAUCACUAUUAUCCCAUUCUUUCCAUCUCCAAGUGAAUGUAAAUGGGAAUCAUCAGCUAUUUAUAAGGAGGAGAAUAAGCAGAUGGUGCCGUGUGUCUCCAAAUGCCUCCUCCUCUCUUGAGCUCCCUCUUCUUCCUUUUAACACGAACGAGGUUCUAGUUCCAUCUGAGAGUAAAACACUCCAUCUAUAUGAAGCCAGAUAUCUAGCUCUGCUCGAGGAGUCUUUAUUAAGAAAGAAGCUGUUUGUGCAUUUUGUAUUGGAUCCUAUUCUCAUUAGCAACUCAGGAACUGAAGCAUCCUUUGCUGCUAGAUAUGGCUGUUUAGUCAAUAUAGAAAAUAUCGAACGCUUAGAUGUUGGAGCAUUAGUCUCCAUACGGGGAAUUGGCCGUGUCAAGCUUUUGAAUUUUGUACAGUCGGAGCCUUACCUGAAAGGUGAAGUCAUACCAUUACAGGAUAGGUUUAUUGGUGCAAAUGAAAUCAGCUCUAAAGUUAUAGCAGUGAAGGACGCUCUUCGCAGUUUGAAUAGCUUGGAAAUCAAACUAAAGGCUCCCAAAGAGGAAUUGUUGCAAACCUGUACUGCAAACUCUCUAACAUGGGCAGAGAAGGAACCGUCCCUGGAAUGUGAUCAAUCUUUCAUCCCAUCUCCUGCUGAGCGAAUAUCAUUUGCAGCAUUCCAACCUAUUACAAGAUCUACACAAUCAGAAACACUCAAGUUGCAGCAACAGAAGUUAAGAGCAAUGGAUCUGAAAGACACGCUACAAAGGCUGGACAAUUCACUAGAUUUAGUGAAUGAGAAUAUAUCCAUGGUAGCAGCCAAGCUUGCUAUUCAAUCAUUAGAGAUGCAGUAAGCGUUGGUGGAAAUUAGUUACUGUUGAUGUACAGUUCAUGAUGACACGACAGAACUGCUAUUCUAUGGAUAUUGUAGCUGUGUUUUUUUCUUAUUUUUGCUUCAUUUUUCCCUUUUCUUACUGCAUUUUAUCUUUCAAAGGAGAAAUCUUAUGUGGUUUUAAUUUUUAUAUAGCAAACUAUCAUUGUCCAUAAUAUUGUAAAUCAAACUAACACAGGCCUUGGUAUGACAGGAUCUGUUUUUAUAAUGAUAUGAGAGGAUCUUAAUCUUCAA